AUGCUCCGGCAUGCGGGGUCUCCACAAAGUCGGCCAGCUAGGCCGGAAGCCACGCUCGAAAACGUUGCAUCGUCACUUGACUCUUUCGGCCCUAUCAUUGCUGCAGUGCUCCUCGUGGCCUGUGCGCUGGCGCUGCCGUGUGCACACAGAGCAUACCCGAAGAGGAAGCGCACCGCAACGCUGUACUACGACAGGCAGGUCGGCCGGAGAUGGUCACCAACACAAGCCAAGUUUCGCCACAUUAGAUGGUCUUGCAUCGCCUUGUGGGCCCUCCUCGGCCAAGUCGCCCUAGCACUGACUCCAGUACAGUGGCGCGGCCAGUCUAUUUACUUUCUUCUAACAGACCGGUUUGCCCGCACCGACAACAGCACCACUGCUGCAUGCGACACCAGCAAGAGGGCGUACUGCGGUGGAAGCUGGCAGGGAAUUAUCAACCAGCUGGAUUACAUUCAAGGAAUGGGCUUCACAGCCGUAUGGAUCACACCAGUGACGGGGCAAUUCUACGAAAGCACAUCUGAUGGGACGUCGUAUCACGGGUACUGGCAACAGGACAUAUAUGAUUUAAACCCCAACUAUGGAACCGGAAGUGACCUCCUGAAGUUAUCCAAAGCGCUGCACGACCGUGGAAUGUACCUCAUGGUCGAUGUGGUGGCGAACCACAUGGGCUACGAUGGCAGUGACUCAUCCGUGGACUACAGCGUGUUCGACCCGUUCAACGCCGCGAGCUACUUCCACCCUUACUGCCUCAUCUCCAACUAUGAAAACCAAACAGAGGUAGAGGACUGCUGGCUUGGAGACUCAUCUGUGUCUCUGCCGGACCUCAACACAUCCCAAACAGCUGUUCAAGACAUAUGGUACAGCUGGGUGUCAUCUCUGGUAACCAACUACUCGGUUGAUGGUCUGCGUAUAGACACCGUAAAGCAUGUGCAGAAGUCAUUUUGGUCUGGUUUUAACGAUGCUGCCGGGGUCUAUUGCGUUGGCGAGGUCUUCGACGGCGACCCGGACUAUGCCUGUGCUUACCAGAAGUACCUGGACGGUCUGUUGAACUACCCGAUCUACUAUCCGCUUAUAAGCGUCUUUAGCGGUUCCGGCACCUCUUCUAGUAUCAGUAGCCUCUACAGCAUGGUAGCCUCAGUGGCGGCCGAUUGCACUGACGCUACGCUAUUAGGCACUUUCGUCGAAAACCACGACAACCCUCGGUUUGCCAGCUACACGACCGAUUAUUCCCUGGCCAAAAAUGCGCUAGUAUUUCUCUUUCUCAGCGACGGCAUCCCCAUCGUCUAUGCUGGCCAGGAGCAGCACUACAGCGGCGGUGCAGACCCGGCCAAUCGUGAGGCGACUUGGCUUUCCGGAUAUAACAUCACGGCCGAGCUUUAUGUCUUCCUCCGCACUACCAACAAGAUUCGCAGCCUUGUUGCCACCCGUGACUCUGCCUGGACCACCGCGCCAAAUACCCCCUUCUACCAGGAUACCACCACGCUCGCCAUGCGAAAAGGAUCCGUUUCUGGAAGUCAGGUUAUUACUAUUGUCAGCAACCUCGGUCAGGGUGGCAGUAGCUACAGUCUCACCCUCAACAGCACUGAAACUGGUUACACUGCUGAUGCCUCCUUCGUCGAGGCAUAUUCAUGCGCAAGCCUCGCCGCAGAUUCAGCCGGCAAUGUAGCUGUUCCGAUGUCUUCGGGCCUUCCCAGAAUCCUUGUCCCGGCUUCCUGGAUCAGUGACAGCGGUCUGUGUGGCUCUUCUGUGUUGUCUGCGACUGCUACCAAUUCGGCUUCGACGAAAGCGUCCUCUGCAACAUCCUCAUCUUCCACUAUCACCACCGCUUGUACAACAGCAACAGCCCUUCCCGUCAUAUUCAAGGAGACGGUGACCACCGUGUACGGUGAAAACAUUUUCAUCUCGGGAUCUAUCUCCCAGCUUGGCAAUUGGAAUACAGCCAACGCUGUAGCCUUGUCCGCAGCCAAUUACACCACCGCUAAUCCGCUUUGGUUCGUCACGGUCACGCUGCCCACUGGCACUGCAUUUGAGUACAAGUACAUGAAAGUAGGCAGUGGCGGUACUGUCAUCUGGGAGAGCGAUCCCAACAGGUCGUUCACCGUGUCCUCUAGUUGUGUUGGGACAGUCGUUGUAGACAGCAGCACCUGGCGUUAG